AUGCGUAAACGGUCAUUGACGAUAAUCCAAUAAUCAACUUCACUACCACAUUCAUGUCAUAACGAGAACGAGAAAUGAUGGUAACCAAUGAGAACCGAUAGGAAGAAUUCCGGAGGCGUGCAUGACCAUUGGUCCGAUUUUGCUUGGCAUGGUUUGGGCGCUGCUGUCGCGCUUGGGUCGUUGGUUUUGGCAUAUGUUUAUGAAAACAAAACAGGCUCGUAGAGCACGCGCACAGUGUUCAGGAAGCAAGGGGAGUGAUUACCUAUGAACGUUUGAAGAAAAGAGAAGAAGAAUGUCGACAAAUGAUGAAACCGAUAUUAUUUUCUUGCAGCCACACUUAUUAACGAAAGCUUCGUUGAUUCAUGUUUUAGAACAGAAAUGUAUGAAUUUAAAACAUCUUCAGGUAAUGCGCAAAGACAACCUGGUGGAAUUGUUUCAACGGAUUGCUCUUCCGUUACCUCAGAGGAAAUACAGGCAAAAUCGUCGUGGAAAAUUAAUGACCAAGUUGCAAAAGAAAAGAGAAGGUCAUAUGAAAAAGCCUCAAGAAACCCACAGUGGUGUAUCCAUUGGAUUUGGAGAAGCAAGUUCUGCUCAGCCUAGAGUUGGUUUAGGAAUUGGUGACAGGUUGAAGCCACCCCCUGAUGCUGUGAAUUUUGAAAGGAGAAAAAUCAGACUUACCAGUGGCAGUAACAAAUCCAGUGAUUUAGAUCAUAUUCAGAUCAAGAGAAGGAAGAGUGAUUCUGAAAAUGGACUAAUAGAAGAUGAUAAACAAGGAACCAAUAGAGAACAUAAGACUAAUACUUCACCCAGUGUCGAAGAAAAGCCAAAUGGUACUGCAAAAGUUAUCUUAAAAAGAUCACUUAGUGCCUCCAUGAAGCUAAAUGAUACUUCAGGACAAGAACCUGAGAAGAAAAAAGAAAAAAAGUUAAUUACUUGGCCUUGAGGACCUGCUUCCAUCUGGCUUAUUAGUGAAUUGAGUUUGGCAGCAAGACAUCAUGCUUGAGUGUGAUGAAAGGAAUGGAAAACAAAGUUUCUAACUGAUCUGACAAAGCAGAGGUGAUCUGUUAGUGGAGUGUGGUGUGCAUGAAAUUUUUGCCAUUUGUGCGGAUGUACUUUCUUUCAAUUUUUCACUGUCAUAUCAUCAUGCUGGAUGUUCAAUCUAUCUUCUGCAUCUCAUCCAUAUCACUUAUUGGUGUUGGCUGUUUUUAGUUAAAUGAUACAAUUGUUUUGAAAAAUAGUAACAAAUGAAUUUGAAACAAUGUUCUAAGUUUUGUUAAAUUGUAUACAUGGAAAGGAAGGGGGGAAAAAUUAUAAGUCCAACCUUUGCUUUCGACAAGGAAAGCAGCCAUAACACAUUGUAUUAUUCAAACUUUGUACAAAAUAUUUCUUUUAUAUCUUUUUUCCCCCCUUUGUUCUAAAACAAUUUUCUUAACCUGACAUGAUUGUGUGUUGCAAAUAGUGUUUGGUACUUUGCAAACCUGGCCUAAGUGUAUUUAUGACCUUGUUUGACGUUGCUUCUGCAGCUAAUUAAAAUAAUGUUUUAGUGUAACAUUACACGCAAUAAUUGAAGGCUGUACCUGAUAGAAAUUGAAUUUUUUAAUGCUAGUAAUGAUUGGGUACAAACCUAAUUGUGCUUACAAAUGCUUUUGAUUUUUGUUUGAGGGAUCAUUUAUCUAGUACCGUGUUGAAAAGCAGAAAUAAUUAUAUCUAGAUCAGUGAAUCGUGUAGUUGUGAAUGUUCAUGUGAUGUGGAAAUGAAACAGUUAGCAAAGUAUGCAACUGUCAUCUUACAAAGUUAUUUUAUAUUAGUUUUUAAAAAAAUUAUAAUAAGAGAAAUUAUGAUUUUCUGUACAAUUCUGUAUUGAAAGAAUGGACUUUUAUAUCCUGCUGACAUUUGUUUUUGGUGUGUAGAUAUUUAAAGCACAUUUAUGAGCAAGUAAAGCCUCUUGUGCUCCACUCCAGAAGGAUUUGUUUAGAGCAACUGCAUUUCUCAACAGUCAUCGCUUGGUCAAUCGUUAAGAAUAUUCUUAAGUUUGUAAUAGCACAAUUGUUCCUUGAGUUGUUACUUCAAUUUUUUUUCUUUCUUUUUUUCUCUCCCCCCCCCCUUCAAUUUGAAAGCUGAUUGCAUUUGCUCUUUUGCGAUUGUUAUUUUAAUAAUAAAUUAAUUUUAUUACUUUUAAAUGCGAAAACUUUCAUAAAAUAUAGAUACUUAUAAAUGCAACAUGAGAAAUGUGAUUGUAAAUAUUAUUUAAAAAAAAGACUUCUUUCUUUUCUGCCAGCCUAAUCAAGAUAAUGAAAAUGGGCUUAUGAAGUACCUAAGUUUUAAUGUUUAUAGUGAUAAAAUAUAUGUAUGAUUUGUAGCUCUGAGUGCAAUAGUUUUGCCCAAUAAUAGAUUUGUUGUAAAAAAAUUAAUAAAUGCCACUUUGAAAACCUGUGUCAUGUAAGUCAUGCUUGGUAUACUGAGACAAGAAUGGAAAAAUUAUCAAAAUGUAUUAUUGGGAAACAACUCUGAUGAAGUGAAAUAGAAGAGAUUAGUUGCAAAGAGAACAAUCUUGAUGUACUUGAGUAGAAAUAAUUACGUACACCAUUUUAAUUUUCAAUCCAUUAAAUGGAGUACUACAUGAAUUAAAUGUUUUAUAUUUAAGUACUUCAGCAAUAACCCCUCCUGAUGUAAAUAAAAUUAUUUACACCAAAAUAUAAAA